CAACAUGGCAACCUUCAAGGAGUAUCUCGUUAACGAAGGCUAUGCAAAAUUUUCUGCAGCCAGGAAACAAGAAACUGAAGAUUCUAAAACUGACCCAGAAGAUGACCCAUUUAGGUCCAGGUACAAGGCUAGAGAAACUUAUGGUGAAAUCAGAACCGCAUUAAAAGGGUACAUAAACGACGAUGCUGAAGAUGUGACGCUGACGCUUUUUCUAGCGGUUUUGGACUUUUACCUGGCAACAAAUUUCAUUGAUACGGAAGAAAUCGCAGCUGGAGAGGAGCAUUUAAUGAAUGCACUAAAAUUACUUGAAGAUCAGAAGUAUGACAGAGAAGUCACUAACAUCUACCAAACGGUUCUCAAUAAUCUUUCAAUAAUGUGGUCAGAGAGAAGGAAUUAUGACAAUUCAAUGAAAUAUCUCAAACAAGCAGAAUCUCUGUAUAAGAAAUUCAAGCGUGAUGUUGGAAAUGAUCCCUAUGCCAUUGAUGAAUAUUUCAAACCUGAUGAGUCUGGUGAAAAUGACAUUGCAACUAUUUCUAAAACAAGAUCAAAACACUUUGAAAACACAUAUACUCUGACAUUGUUCUACAUAGCCCAAGUCUAUGCAUUAACUGAAAAGAAAGAGGACUCUGCCAAAUAUUGUCAUGUAACACUUCAAAGACAAUUGGACUCCUAUACAUACAAAGCUGAUGAAUGGGCUCUUAAUGCAGCAACACUAUCACAGUAUUACAUCACUGUGGAAAUGUACCACUUUGCUCGUCACUGUUUGGCAAGUGCAUCUUUGAUAUUUGAAGAGGCAGCAUCAAAGGAAGAAGAUACAGAUGAAGAUACUAAAGAGCAGAUGGCACAAAAGAGAGCUGAUAUUGACAGAUGUUGGGCCAAAUAUGGCCUUGCGCUUUUGGAAGCUUCUAAAGACUAUUUAAUGAAAGAGGUUGAAGAUGCAAGGGAUGGAGUUUCUUCUAAUGAUCACAAUGCAGAUGUUAAAGAAGGUGCCAGCAAAUUCUCACUGUCAGAUGGGGAAGCUGGUAGGUCUGAAGAAGAAAAUAGUGACACAUCUCCAGUGUUAGAUAUUGAGAACUGCAAAACAUUUCCACGAUUCAAUCUGGAAGUAACAAAUUAUGAGGAGAAAAUCACUGAUCAGUUCGUCAGAGAUUUCUCUGAAGCAAGAGAAGUAUUCAUGUCAGUCCAAACAAGAUUGAAUGAUGCCAAAAAGUUUUAUGUAGUGGAUGGACACUGCUCUGACUACAUCCAAAUCAUCCAGGAUAUCAGCAAGGCUUAUAAGGAACUGGCAUUCUUUGAAAUGGACAUGGAACGUCAGUGCAAAAUGCACAAAAGGAGGGUUGACCUGUUGAAAGAUACCUUGACAGAUCUCAACCCGAAGUACUAUCUUCUAGUCUGUCGGCAGCUUAUGUAUGAACUCGCAGAAACAUACAGUACCAUGGUGGACCUUAAGUUGGGGAUAAUGGAAGCAGAGGGCAGAGGUCCAAAUCCACAUUCCGUGAAAAAAAUCAACACUCUAGCUCAACAGAGCAUUGCACAAUAUAAUACUUAUUUGGAUUCAUUGAAGAGUGGGAAGCCUGACUUUCCAGAUGAGUUUCAUGAAAAUGAUGUGCGUCCAGCACUAGUGGCAAUGUUCUGUUUGGGUAGACUCUAUUCCAAGAUUAUUUCACCAGAGAUUCCGCACAGGCUGGUGCUGAUGAAGAAAAGUCGAGAGUGUUACCAGUUUGUUGAAACAUAUUGCAAGAGGCACCCAGAAAUAGAGGGGAGGAUGGUUAAUGAACUGAAUAUAAGUAGGGAAAUGGUUGUUCUCCUGCCUCUGAAGAUGGAGAAAAUCAGAAUUGGGCAGCUCUAAGCAAAUGCUAGGUGCAGCAUUUUAAUCAUGAACAUUUGUUACCCUCUGAAUACAUUGAUGAGAUAGCGUUGCAUAGAACAAAUUCUGUUAUCAUCAUGAUCAUGAUUUGACAUUAGCAGAUUAGCACAUCAUGAAAUAAGAUAUUUGACAGUUUCUCAUAUGAACAUGAUGAAGAAUGUUCUUAUCAAGAUAACCACUGCUUGCUGAACAAAUGUUUAAUAUGUUGAUGUGUGUCUGUGGUGUUUCUGUUCAUGCCAUUGGGUACUUGUUUUCACCUAGGGCUGCAACAUAAGUUCAUAAGCAUGUAUCUUGUUUGUACCUUGAUGAAUGCUUGUCAGCAACAAGACAAGUGCAAUAGGCUAGUUCAUUUCCCAACAUCAUGCAUAUGGGUAGAAUUUAUGAAGCCCAGACUGAUACCUUACCAUCACUGACCAGAGCUUACCAUGCUUACCUUGGCUUCAAAUUUCAAUACGAUGAAGUGAAACUAAUCAUGCUAAUAGAACAUGUAUUAACUCUUAUCAUGCUCGUGUUAUCCCGUGUUCUCAGCGUGGGGUGAUCAGAUAGCCUAGGGGUUAAAGCUUUUGCUCAUCACGCUGAAGACCGGGGUUCAGUUCAAGACAUAGGUACAAUGUGUGAAGCCCAUUUCUGGCGUUCCCCCGCCGUGAUAUUGCUGGAAUAUUGCUAAAAGUGGCGUAAAACCAUACUCACAUACUCUCCUCAGCGUCAUUGUGGUCACACAUUUGAUGACAUGGUGUGAUGAUGUAAUCAGGGUAAUGGAGGAAGGUGCUGCUGGUAGUGAUCGUGGUGAUAAUAUAAUAUAUUUUUCAAGUUUCUACAUCUUCUUGAUCAUUACAUUCAAAGUGAUGUUUAAUGUGUUUAACUUUAUACAUGUUAACAGUUUUAAUUGUGUUAACUGGACAAAAUGGAUUUCUUCCUGAUCACUAAGGUGUCAUCAUGGUCAUGAUAAGGAAAAUUAACAUAAUGAAUAUAAAUAAGCUUCCUUGAACUUGAGCAUAAACUUCCUUGAACAUGAGCAUAAGAUUCCUUGAACUUGAGCAUAAACUUCCUUGAACAUGAGCAUAAGAUAACUUGAACAUGUUGAAUUACAAACGUCUGGAACAGUUGAUGCAUUCCUGACAUGAUGAACAGUUUCCAUUCCAUGUCCAAGAGGAGGGGGAUGAUGAUGCGAUGAAUUUGUCUGGAUGUAUUGAAUUUGACAUGUCUUUGUCAGAUGUAAAUGAUUAAAGCAGUCUUUAAACAUGUUACAAGCAACAAUUGGUUCAACAGCUGAUCAAUUUUUAUUCAUACCUUUUUUGGUCAAUUUUACCUGUUAUCAUGGUUAUCGACGUGUGCAUGUGUGUUUUAGCCUUGUUUGCUUAAGCCUGUUAACAUGGUUAAGUUUCACCCUGUACAUACCUUGAAUUGGGAUAGCACUUUAAGUAUGUUCUUGCCGUGUCACAGUCCUGUUCACUUGUAACCUUGUUACCAUGGUUGCCACUUUUUACUGUAGGUUUAGGCUUCGUCAUUGUCAGGGUGCUGUUUUUAACGUUUUAAAUAAUCUAUGUUAUCAUGAACUUGUUCUUCAUGUUUGUCAUGGCAUUGUUUUGACCUUUUUUCUAAUCUCAAAACUCAACGAUUUUCUGCUUCUUUCUAACUAUUCUAAGGCCUUUCUAAAUGUCUUUCAUCAAUUAUUUGUCAGUCCCUUUUCAGCAUGCUUAGUGCAGGCCAUAUUAUUGCAGAAAAAUAGUUUGUUUAAAAAAAACCGUAAGGGAAGUGUUGUCUAGGUUACGACAUUGUUAGCAUGGCUAGUGUUUAAUACCAUAAACAUGAUGAACUCACUCAGCUUACCCAAUAAUGAUUCCUAGUACCUAGUAGUAGCUGGUGAUAUUGGUAUAUGCUGUCAUGGAUGUGUUCUUUUCUUGGGAAAUUGUAUCUGUAGAAAUAUUAUACAUGUUUCUGUUUGUGUGUAAAGCUGUGAUAAACAUUUAUUUAUCAAUUACCUUGUACAGAAGAACUCAAGCUGUAAAAUAUCUAUACUCGAA